UGGUACCUGAAUCCAAAGUACAGCAACAAAACGAAAGAGUUCCAUGGCACAGUGGUCUACAGCAACAGAGACCCCAUCAGCCCGGCCUUCCAAGGGCGCGUACAGUUCCAGAAGGACCAGGACAAAUAUUGCAGCCUGCAGCUGUCUGACCUGCAGCCUAGCGAGAACGGCACCUAUGGCCUGAGACUGAUCGCCUCGAGCAAUGCGAAUAAGUGGAAGUGGAUUACUAGAAUCCUUGUGAAUGUGCUGGAUUCCCCUCCGGCUCCUGAGAUCGAAGCACCCAGUGAGUUCAGGGAGUCGACCUCGGCCCAUGUGGUUUGCUCUAUAGCCUAUUACUGCCCCGACUACAAAAUAACCCUGAGCUGGGGGGGGUUGUUGCCUCACAACCCAGAGAUCUUCACGACAUCGUCUGUUGAAAACAUAAUGACCAUGAAUACACUGACUUUCACGCCCACCUGGGAGGACCAUGGGAAAAAUGUAACCUGCCAGCUCAGCACCCCGACAGGGACACUGAGCUCCGAGAGCAGCUUGGUGCUACAUGUGAAAUAUGCCCCGAGGAACGUCCAGUUGACAGUGACCCCCAGACAGACCAUCAAAGAGGGAGACAGAGUCACCCUGAAAUGUGAGACCAAUGGCAGCAACCCUGCGGUCUCUGUAUACAACUGGAAGAAGGACGGACUGCAGCUGUACCAGGAGCAGGAGCAGAGCUGGGGGUUUUAUGCCGAGGCAGACGAGCAUUCGGGAUCCUAUAUCUGUGAGGCUGCCAAUGAAAUACGCACGGUCCCAUCCCCAGCGGUGCGGAUACAAGUCCAGUAUGCACCCAAGGACACUCGUGUGGAACUGCUGACAGGCUCGCAGAUUCGGGAAGGAACCAUGGUUAUAGUCAGUUGCUUCUGUAAGGCUGUCCCACCUGUCAGUCUCUACAUGUGGUACUGGAAUGGCCAGCACAUUGAGUCCCAAACCCAGAAGAAUCUGCACUUUGACAAAAUCCUUUCCAACCAGUCUGGAUCCUACCACUGCGAGCCUGAGAAUGAAGUUGGGACGUCAAAAUCACGGGCCAUUAUGAUUGACGUGCUGUAUUCCCCCAAGUGGGUCCGAAUCACCCUCGAAACCCCCCAUCGCAUCCUGGAAGGCAGCGCAGUGACGCUCAACUGCUCCGUGGGCAGCAGUAACCCCCCAGUCAUCAAGUACAGGUGGUACCAGGAUGUCAGACAGUAUAGAGAGACCCAGGAGGGCAUCCUCCCCUUCGUUGCCAGCGAGGAGCAGUCGGGUAACUACAGCUGCGCAGCUGAGAACGCAGUCGGCUCUAUACAGUCCUCCCCUGUCUCAGUGGAUGUGCAGUAUGCGCCCAAGGGAGUCAAUGUGGUGCGGGAGCCGCUGGGGUCCAUCAAGGAGGGUGACACGGUGACCCUGAAGUGCUCGGUGACCAGAGCCAAUCCCCACGCCCUGCAGUACACCUGGUACAAGGACAAUGUGCUGCAGGGCGAGGGCUCCGACACACUGCGCCUGCCGGCCAUGAAGUCGGCCGAUUCAGGCCACUACCACUGUGAAGCUCAGAACGCCGUGGGCUCCACCGUCGCCAGACCCUUCCCGCUGGAUGUUUGGUAUGCUCCGCGGGAUGUGCAGAUGUCAGUGGCCCCGCGGGGGCAGAUCGUGGAGGGGAUGGAAGUGAUGCUGCGGUGCCGGGCCGACGCCCAGCCGGCCGUGCUGAAGUAUGACUGGUACCGGGACGGCCAAUGGCAGGAGCGCGAGGUGCAGGAUACGCUGCUCAUCGAGAACGUGGACGUUGGGAUAUCUGGGCACUACCACUGCCGGGCCAGCAACCAGAUCUCCUCCGGGGACUCCCCGCCUGUCCUGCUCUACAUCCGCUACAACUCCAGGACUAUAGCUAAGAAAGCUGCUCUGGGGGUCGGCGUGGGCCUGGCCUUUCUCUUCCUACUAGGCAUGCUGUUCUGCACCCUUCAGCAGUGGAAGAAGCAUCAUCUCCCCGAGCUUGUUCUGGAGCCUAUGAGCAGGAGGAGCAGGAGAUCCUUCUUACCUAGGAGACGGGCACCUCUGAAACCCCAGCGGCCCGUCAGCUCUGUGGGGUGCCUGAAUGGAGCCUCCUCAGAGGCCAUCAAUUAUGCAACACUCCAGUUCCCACCCAGUCGUCGCCAGGGGCAGGCCGCCUCUGCCAGGGGGCCAGGAAACUCAAAGCAGGCAGUGGAGCCGACCAGCCCGGACGAAGCUGCGAUUUACAGUGUGGUGAAGAAACCCAAACCGCUGCCCAAGGGGGCAGAGCACUUUGGGAAGCAGAGCUCCAGCCACACUUGCACUGGGAUGCGUUGA